AUGACCGACUCUCAAGAUCACACGCAACAAUCCCCCCACCAACCCAAUCCAUCUUUCACCAAUCUCGCUCGUCAAACAUCAUGGAAUAGCUCUGCCGAUAGGAGCAACAGUCAUCCGCCACCUUUACACGGUCGGAAGAGAUCGGCUGACCAUCUUCCCGCCGAACUACAAGUUUCGCGCAAAGGUCGAGCAUGUCUGGCUUGUCGCAAACUGAAAGUCAAAUGCGACAGUCUCGAACGAGGAGAUGCAGGAUGCUCGAGAUGUCAGCGCCUUGGAUUGGAUUGUGUCACUUCGAAGCGCAUGAGGGUAAGCUUGGAGGAUGACAACGACAAUCCCCAUCCGUCAAUUGUUCGUCUCGACCGAGCUGUCGAAAACAUUCUGUCCCGCUUAAAGAUGCCGCCAUUGGAAUCCUAUUCUCUUGGCCAACCUCCCCAAUCUUCACAGCCAAACCCCGUCGAUUCCAACGCGCAAACCACGCGGGAGAAUUCGCGCGAACCUCAAGAAGAUGCCCAUGAAGUGGCGACCGCUCCGAUGGGCAGCCUGUACGAAGUCACCCAACUCAAUACCCUCCGAAGUCGUUUGAAAUACGGCGAUCCGGCUCGACGCCAUUCGCGCAAGCAUAUGGAAAACGACAUGAUAUCGUUAGGCGUUAUCACCAUCGAAGAAGCCGAGGACAUGUUCAAUCUCUUCAAGACCUCCUUGUCACGGUACUUGUACAAUGCCACCAUUCAAGAAUCCCGCACGUUACUCUCCGUUCGAGAAUCCUCCACGUUAUUUUUCACAGCCAUUAUCACCGUUUCUUCUUUACAUAUCCCCGGGAAAGAAAAGGUCCACGCGACAUCACACAAGAUCCUCCGCGAACUCAUCGCCACCAGUUUCUUCGACCGCUUCCACACACUGGAAGACAUCCGAGCUCUCUGCAUCGCGGCAUUCUGGCUCCCGGACCUCAGUUGGAAACUCUCCGGCCACUGCGUCCGUAUGGCGACCGAGUUAAACCUUCACCAGGCCUUUUAUAAAGCAAUAUACUCCCAGAAACAAUCCGAAACGGACCGAGGACACGCCUUCGAACGUGCUCGGUUAUGGUACCUGCUAUACGUUCUCGACCACCAUUUUAGCAUCGCCUACGGUCGGCCCCCCGUCACAGCCGAGUUACAAGCGAUUAAAGAGUACGACGUUUUCCUCAACGCACCUCAAUGCACCACCUCCGAUCGACGGGUCUUGUCCCAAGUGACAUUAUUCAUUAUCCUCAGUAAGGCCUACAACCACUUUGGACUCGAGGCGGAGCGCUUAAUGGACGGUGACGACGCCACGUUACUCACACACCAGCGCUUCAUUGAAGAUUUGGAUCGGUGGCGGAUUCAGUUCCGUCAUGUUCGAGAUCCCCAUAUCGGUGAUUAUCCUGCUGUUGGCGCCGAUCUCCACUACCACUUCGCGUCCAUGAUGCUCAACUCGCUCGCCCUCCGCGGCCGAUCCCUCUUCACCAUCUCCUCGACCGAUACCCUCCCCACCUCUUUGCGCCCUUUGGCCUACCACGCCAUCAACUCCGCACAUCAAAUCUUAAUUAUCGUCCUCGAAGAGCCCUCCAUCCGCAACUCCAUGGUCGGCGUCCCCCUGUACUUACACAGCAUGAUUGCCUUCGCCGUCGUUUUUCUCAUCAAGAUGUCCAGCCGCUGGACGGGCAUCGGCGUGAGCAUCGACGCGGAGACGAAGACAAAACCAUUGAUUGAGGCCGUGAUCGCGCUUUUUCGAAGCUGUAAAGCGGGUCAAAACCACAUUCUAUACAGUAUGGCUGAUGGCUUCGAGAGGCUCCUCCGUCGCAAUUUCGCGGGCGGAGCGGGCGCCGCAGCCGCUCAGCUGGCUGUCUCCAGUUCCGGGAAUAAGAUCAAUGUCAAUGCCAAUGAGAAUGGACACGGACCCGCCUACGGCGCCAAUGCAAACGCUCUGAUCGAUGAAUCAAUGCACACGCAGCAGAACGGCGGUAAUCAUACGCCGUUCGCACAUUCUCUGUCCCAGCAACCGCCGCCCCAAGAUGGAUAUGGCUCCUCGAACCGCACGAUGCUUCAGCAGCAGCCACCGCACUCGACGACCUCGCCAUCCGCCUUCCCGAAUGCAAAUGCGCGAACAAAUGGAACAGGCACAGCGGCAUUCGACCACUACGCGCUCUCGCCGCACAGCCAGCCUCCGUCGUUCGGCGGCUGGCAGACCGAAGACGACAUGCUGUGGAGUCUGGGCAUGGGGUAUGAUCUACUGGCGACCGCCCCGGACGUGAAUGCGCAGGGCUUCGGGGCGUUCCUUGGAUGGCCGGGUCCUGGGCCAGGGAGUGCCGGCGGUGGGAGCACAGGGACAGGUGAUGGGGGUUAUGCGGGCAUGUAA